GGCGGAUUGGUCAUGUUGCAUGUUUGAGAGCCAAUGAGCUCGCGAGUUGCUUGUUAAUUUCCGCCUCCAACAUCGUCCUUUCUAGACUUUACUGUAGACGUGUUUCACUUUUAAAAGCUGGUCAAUCGCGGCGGCCACUGUCUGUACAUGUAAAAUCUGGUGGGUUGCAACGUCAGACUGCAUGCUGAAACCAUUUGUUAGUUAUAUGUUUUUAAUGCCUUACUUGCAAUUUAAUAGUAACACAUUCAUACAUUUAUAUAAACACGAUUCCAUCGCAUCUUCCACUUUUUACAGCCUGUUGAUUGCCGCGGCUACAGCUGGUAGUGAAUAGCGACGUCAAACGUCCUGCUGAAGUGAUUCGUUAUUUACUUGCUAUUUAUUGUCAUCAUAUUCUAAAACUAUCUAAAUAGGGUGAUGGAGCAUGUAUAACGGUGGCUGAAUGACUUAUCUUGUUGAGAUUGUAGUCAUAUUUUUUAUAUAGAUUUAUAUUACAAUUGUAUAUGACUGUAUUAAUUAUACUUGUAUUUGUUAUUUUAUUAUAUGACGAUAUAAUACAGUAAUGACUAUUGUAUUGCAGUCAUUGAUAACGUGCGUGUAUAUUAAUGUAAACCCCACAGAAGGAUGGAGUAUGUCCAUAACCCUUCUUUCAGCAUAGAGACCUCUGGUGAACUCACCCUGAGGGCAUCUGAUGAAGCAGUCAUGGUUGCCAGGGCCAACCAGGAGAGCAACUACGCUUUUGUGGCUGAGAGGCCAGGAAAGGAGUUGGCUGAUGCUGAAGUUCUGGUGGGAGCCUCUGGAGGAGACCUGGAUGAUGACCGACUAGUGGCCAGUGAGAGUGCCCUUCAGUUCGCUAUUUGACCUGAUUCCGGAAUAUACAUGUGUAGCAGGGGACAUCAAUGGCUUGCUUCAAAGUCUAUAUCCAGUGCAGAGACAAAACUGCUGCUGAAGCAUCUCCUAAUCAGGUUCCUACUGUGCCAGCGCCUACUGCCCCUCCUCAGACCCGGUCCCUCUCCCAGCCAGGAGGUGAACCAGUUCUGCCAGAUUCUGGCAGUUCGACGAGGGCCAGUUGGUGUCGGCCCUACGGACAUCAUGCCUGGUGGAUUGUGCCCUGAUGCAGGACAGCCCUGAUUGUCUUGUCCAGACCCAGGCUAUAUCCUGUCUGCAGCAGCUGCACAUGUUUGCCCCGUGCCACGUCAACCUGGUUAGCCUGGUGCCCAGCCUGUGUGUAGGAGGGUCCUUCUACACGGCUAAGACGGGGGAGCAGGCCAGACCCCACUACUACAGCUCCUGGGCUCUUAUCCUCCACGGCAAAGCCCUGUGGCUCAGCAGCACCGGCUUCAUCUUGGCGGACGACAGCUUCACCAACCUGUCCCGGCCCAUCACCCCCAUGGGCCAGUCCGCCUCCCUGGCCUCAGUCAAGUCCCCUGAGGACGUCAGCGCCGACCGGCUGCACUUUAUCCUGGGUAAAGAUGCCUUCCUGUGUUCCCCUCACUCCCAUAACCAGAUGGAGAACAUCUCCUCCGGUCUCCACGCCCUGCAGGCCCUGCUCCAAGACCCGUGGCCCCGGUCGAAGGUGAGCGGGGAACUGCUGAGCAUGCUCCACGGGCUGCUGGUGACCCGGGAGGCCACGGCGGUGCAGCUGGCCGUGCUCCAACAGGUGGUGAGCGCCGCCCAGGAGCAUGUCAGCGAGAAAGGCCACAGCGCCGAAGUGGAUGUCGGAGCGGAGAAAAAGGAAACAGUGCCUGAGUUCUGGGAGAGCCGGGAUAUCGGUGGCUGGGUUCCAGGAAGGUCUCUGGUGUUUGGGGCCCUGAGGUUGUGCCUGUGUGUACUGGUGUGUAAACCUCCCCAGCUCGGCCCCAAGCUGUCCCCAUGGCUGUGUCCCAAGGCUGUCCCCCCCUCCCCCUCAGCUCAGGGAGGGUUCUCCCCUUCUACAUCCUUCUACAUCCUGUGUAUUAUCCCCAUCCUAUGCUGCCUCUCCUCUGUCCAUCUCCCCUUUUCUACCCCCCCUCCCUUAUUCCCUCCCCCCUCCAUACCUCCCUUC